GCCUGCUGCGCCCGCGGCAGCCAGUGUGACACAACGCGUCGGAGCUCGGUCACGUCCAAGAACUCCACCCUGUUGUCAGAGGUCCCUCGAGGAUUCUGCCUGCAGUGUGAUUUGCUGUUUUUUCUCCCGUUUUAUUUUUCCUUCUGACGGCGCACAUUUGCCGUCUGCGAUACCCUGCCUCGCCCACUGUUCUGUGUCGUCUGCUCACGUACGGCGUGAUUGCUAGGGCUGUAAUUAAGGCGCGGCCUUUCGACGGAAGUGCAAAAAGGUAAAAAAAAAGGAAAAGUGCUGGAAAAGCGUUCCCUAUGCCACUGGUCACCCAUCAGUCCUUGUCGGGACAUGGGACGGGCCUGUCUUCUGGUCUCCGCCUGUCUUCUGGUGGCCGCUUCUACGGUCGUCCGGGCGCAAAGGGACACGGACUUCUACUUCGGCACCAGGGUGCGCUGCCACACGUGCGACGCCGACUUCACCAUCGAGAAGUUCUCGGUGGACCACCCCUGCCUGGUUGGACAGCGAGAGAGGGACGUGGCCUACUGUAGCGUCAACUCAAACUUCUGUAAGGUGGAGGUGACGCGCCUCAACGGCGUGCUGGUGACGUACUCGCGGCGGUGUGCCGACAAAUGCUCCCCGAAUUGCUACGAGAAGGGCUUCGGCAUGCUCAGGGAGCAGUGCACCUACUGCUGCCGCCGCAACCCCGCCUGCGGGGAGAAGCGCAAGCCCUGACGCCCGCCGCACGGCGUACCCACUGCCGCCACCACAGCGCAUCCUUCCAGCCCAGCACGCGCAGUAGUAGGCCAGCCAUCGCCGCCGCCGAGGCGGGCGUCGGGGCCCCAGACAGCGUCGGGCCAGCCUCCGAGCUCCGUAGGGACCGCCACGAGCCUUCCUCCUUCCUCCUCGCCUGCUGGCAAAUCCUGGUGGCCGCCAUCGGCCACUGUCGCCGCAGCCUUCCUCGCCACGCGUCUCUGCUGCGCUGCCUGCUGAUCGCCGACACGUGACAGAGCCCUCUGUAGUGCACCCGUGCCCUUCUUGAGCACCGUGUUUGUACAUAGUGUCUGGCAAAGCUGAAGGAGAUCGCAGGCGCCACCGCUCAACCCUCGCCGCGUCACGUUAAUCGGAGCCGGUCGUUUUACCGCGACCGGCUCGGCAGAUGAACCAAUGCAGCUUUCCUGUAGCUACAGAAAUUAUGCCGGAAAAGGUGUUCCAGCAGGCAGUGUGUCGUUCAUUUCUACUUAUAGCUGCUCCCAAGUGUUGCGAGAGACAGGAGAAAAAUGACACAUACUUAACGUAACCGUGGUUUCGCUGGUAGGUAAAACAGAAAAUGAACAAAACUAAUUAAGUUGGGAGAGCUACUGUAAAUUCAUGUUGUAAUGCAACGCAGAAGGAGCCGACAAAAAAGGAUAGAUGUAACGUGUCCCAUCCCUUCUUUACUUUCUCAUUCUGGUCACUUUUUGCAUUGCAUUACAAGAUGCAUUAACUUCUAAUGUGAGUUAAUUCCCCCACGAAUGUGAGGCCACAGUCUCAAAAGUUAAGAGAUUGUGAAUGUUACACACAAUAUUCAGAGAGAAAGUAAAAUUGCAUUUGG